UUUUAUUUCCGCCGCAUGCACACACAGAGGAAACUGCACUGCUCGCAACCGACAAUAUGGACUUGCACAUAUUGGACCACAGGCUCCGGGUCACCAGCAUAUCCAAGAAUGGGCUGGUGAAUUUCACACACCCCCUGAUUAAACUGAUAUUUCUCCGGAACAGGACACGAUGCAAGUUUUUCAGUCUGACAGAGACACCAGAGAACUACACAGUCGUCCUUGACGAGGAAGGAUUCAAAGAGCUCCAGCCCUCAGAGCAUCUCAAGGUAGAAAGCUCCAUUUGGCUGCCGCUAAACGUGGUCUCCAACGGCAACGCAUCCAGCAGCUCACAGGCUGUCGGCGUGACCAAGAUCGCCAAGUCAGUCAUCGCCCCUCUGGCCCAGCAGCACGUCUCUGUCUUCAUGCUCUCCACUUACCAGACCGACUUCAUCCUUGUCAGAGAAAAUGAUCUGUCGGUAGUCAUCACAACUCUGGAGGAGGAGUUCAAUAUCUACAAGGAGGUGGGAGGGGAGUCUGUCCCCAUGCUCUGUCAGGAUGUUUCUAAUGGCCUCCAGAAGAACGGCAAAGAAGCCAUCCAGCCUACAGUUCACCCAGUGCUGAUCCCCCAGAACCAGUUCUGUGUCAUGUCUCUGGACCCGGACACGCUGCCGUCCAUCGCCACCACGCUCAUUGACGUCCUCUUUUAUUCCAACAGUCCCAAAGAGGAUGCCCAGUCGUCUCCCAGCCAGGACUUGGACUGUAUCAAGUUCUUCUCCUUCUCCCUGAUUGAUGGCUACAUCUCACUGGUGAUGGACACGGAGGCUCAGAGACAGUUUCCUGCUGAUCUUCUCUUCACCAGCUCCUCAGGGGAGCUUUGGAGAAUGGUUCGUAUUGGGGGACAACCGCUGGGCUUUGAUGAAUGUGGUAUAGUCGCCCAGAUAUCUCAGCCUCUGGCUGACAGCGACAUCUCGGCAUAUUACAUAAGCACCUUCAGCUUCGACCACGCUCUGGUCCCCGAAGAGGACAUAGUUAGCGUGACAGGCAUGCUUCAGCAUCAGAGAAAAGAACCAGCUGCUAGUUGAUUUUUGAAGACACGUCUGAGCUGGAUCAUCCUGGCUCGAUGUGCCGCCCUCUCUCCAGCUCCAGCGGCCAAGGGUGGCAGGCCAGCAGGAAAGGUGGCUAACCCUGUGCCUAGACUAGCACUGCAUUGCCAGCAGUAUUAACUACUACGAACUUGCCAUGAACACCAGAAGCGCUUCUCUACAGUGUGCAUAUACAGUUUGUCUGUGAGUCCUCCUGUCUUCCCCAUCUAAGGCAGGAUGCCCAGGGGGCCCACAAACUCACAUAUGCACAUAAAAAUGCACAAUCACUCCUAAAUACACACACACAUCCACACACCCACUUACACUGGUAUAUUUGAAUUCAAAAGCACAAAAACAGAUAUAUAAUAGACUCUCUUUCUCUUUACUGCAGGGUUUGAGAUCUUGUGGUCUGAAGUUGAAUUGUUCAUUAUUUUAUUUUGGAACAAAUAGCAUAACACAAACAAAUUUUCACCAUUUCUAUAAACACUUAGUCUUCCAAUAAUUUUUAUACCAUAACGACAUGUGUCUCAACUACCUACUUUAAUUUUAAAUCAAAGGCCAUUCACAAGAAUUGAAGUUUAACUUUUUUUGUGAAAUGGACAGUGUGAAGCUUGAAAUGCAAGACAUCUUUGCGAUCUUACAAUAAUUUUCAUGCACAAGAAAAUGGAGUAUUUCUUUCUUUUAAACAGGGCUCACUCGUUUUGAUUUAAGGAGAAUGUGCAAAUAGUUCUUGUUUGUUAAAACUUAUACAAAUGCCGUCAAGCAGGACAGUAGACUUGGUCGGUGUUUUUUUUUUUUUUUAAAGAGGUCAGCAUUUCUUAACUGUAGUAUUACCCAAGGUCAGUAACACUAUGUCUUAUUUUUGUUAUUUGCACAAUAAACUUUAAAUUUAGCUAAUAUCACUUAGACAUUUUCUUUGGUACAACUUUUGUACAAUUUGAAGUAAAAGUAUUCUGUAAACAUUUGUAAUUUGUGCUGCUUCAUUCAAUAAACAGUAUUGGAAACAGAUACUCUGUUUACUUCUUUGCAUUAGCC